CUCCGUCUCAAUAUGUCUCAAGAUGGCGGCCAAUGUGGGAUCGAUGUUUCAAUAUUGGAAGCGCUUUGAUUUACAACAGCUGCAGGGUCCGCGGGGGCUAUGGAGCGCGCGGCCGCUCCGCUCCUAGAUGCUUCCUCGGGCCGGGUUCUCGAAAGCAAAGCCGCGCGGGCCCCGAUAGACUGUGGCGUGCGGGAAGGUGGUCCCGGCGCCGAGCCCCAGGAACCCCAUCCGGCGCUUGAGCUGUCGCCGCGCUCAAGAAGUGCGCUCCUGCCUGGCAGCCCCCACCCGGAGGAGCGGCGCGUCCUCGGGGUCCGCCCCGCACAUGCCUGCUCGGCUCUUGCGGCGGCUGGACAGCCCCGGGACUUUGCCAGGUGGAUGUGUGUAGCUGGAGCCAAGUUGAAGAGAGAACUCGAUGCUACUGCAACAGUUUUGGCAAACCGGCAAGAUGAGAGUGAGCAGUCCAGAAAACGGCUCAUUGAGCAGAGCCGAGAGUUCAAGAAGAACACUCCAGAGGAUUUGCGCAAGCAGGUAGCACCACUGCUGAAGAGCUUCCAGGGGGAGAUUGAUGCAUUGAGUAAAAGAAGCAAAGAAGCCGAGGCAGCCUUCUUGAAUGUCUACAAGAGAUUAAUUGAUGUUCCAGACCCAGUGCCAGCCCUGGAUCUGGGGCAGCAACUGCAGCUCAAGGUGCAGCGCCUACACGACAUCGAGACAGAAAACCAGAAACUUAGGGAAACUCUUGAAGAAUACAACAAGGAAUUUGCUGAAGUGAAAAAUCAAGAGGUUACGAUAAAAGCACUUAAAGAGAAAAUCCGAGAAUAUGAACAGACUCUGAAGAGCCAAGCCGAGACAAUUGCUCUCGAAAAAGAACAAAAGUUGCAGAAUGAUUUUGCAGAGAAAGAGAGAAAGCUACAGGAGACACAGAUGUCAACCACCUCAAAGCUGGAAGAGGCCGAGCAUAAACUUCAUUCUCUGCAAACAGCCCUGGAAAAAACUCGAACAGAAUUAUUUGACCUGAAAACCAAAUAUGAUGAAGAAACUACUGCAAAGGCCGACGAGAUUGAAAUGAUCAUGACGGACCUUGAAAGAGCAAACCAGAGGGCAGAGGUGGCACAGAGAGAGGCAGAGACCUUAAGGGAGCAGCUCUCGUCAGCCAACCACUCCCUCCAGCUGGCCUCACAGAUCCAGAAGGCGCCGGAUGUGGAGCAGGCCAUAGAGGUGCUGACCCGCUCCAGCCUGGAAGUUGAGUUGGCCGCCAAGGAGCGGGAGAUUGCCCAGCUGGUGGAGGACGUGCAGAGGCUCCAGGCCAGCCUCACAAAGCUACGAGAGAACUCAGCCAGCCAGAUCUCCCAGCUCGAACAGCAGCUGAGCACCAAGAACAGCACACUCAAACAACUGGAAGAAAAACUCAAAGGCCAGGCUGACUAUGAAGAGGUGAAGAAAGAGCUGAACAUCUUGAAGUCCAUGGAGUUUGCACCAUCCGAAGGAGCUGGGACACAGGAAGCAGCCAAGCCCCUGGAGGUACUACUACUGGAGAAGAACCGCUCACUGCAGUCUGAGAAUGCUGCACUGCGCAUCUCCAACAGCGACCUGAGCGGGUCAGCCAGGAGAAAAGGGAAAGACCAGCCUGAGAGUCGGCGCCCUGGACCCUUGCCGGCCUCCCCUCCUCCUCAGUUGCCCCGCAACACGGGGGAGCAGGCUUCCAAUACUAAUGGUACACACCAGUUCUCACCAGCGGGGUUAAGUCAAGACUUUUUCAGCUCAUCCCUGGCAAGCCCCAGCCUACCCCUGGCUUCUACAGGAAAAUUUGCACUAAACUCUCUCCUCCAGCGACAGCUAAUGCACUCCUUCUACUCCAAGGCCAUGCAGGAAGCAGGAAGCACAAGCAUGAUUUUUUCAACAGGUCCCUACAGCACAAAUUCCAUAUCUUCCCCAACUCCAUUACAACAAAGCCCAGAUGUAAAUGGCAUGGCCCCAUCUCCCAGUCAGUCCGAAAGUGCUGGGAGCGUCUCCGAGGGCGAGGAGAUAGACACUGCAGAAAUCGCCCGGCAGGUCAAAGAGCAGCUGAUCAAGCACAAUAUUGGACAGCGCAUUUUCGGACAUUAUGUCUUGGGACUGUCACAAGGGUCUGUGAGCGAGAUCCUGGCCCGGCCAAAGCCCUGGAAUAAACUGACUGUCCGAGGUAAAGAGCCAUUCCACAAGAUGAAGCAGUUCCUCUCCGACGAGCAGAACAUCUUGGCCCUGCGCAGCAUCCAAGGCAGACAAAGAGAGAAUCCAGGCCAGAGCCUGAACAGACUAUUUCAGGAAGUACCGAAACGAAGAAAUGGGUCUGAAGGUAACAUCACCACACGGAUCCGAGCCUCAGAGACGGGUUCUGAUGAAGCAAUCAAGUCCAUCCUGGAACAAGCCAAGAGGGAGCUCCAAGUUCAGAAAACUGAGCCAGCCCAGCCAUCUUCCACAUCCAGCCCUGGGAACUCUGAUGAUGCCAUCCGCUCCAUCCUGCAGCAAGCCCGUCGGGAAAUGGAAGCCCAGCAGGCUGCCCUUGAACCUGCCUUAAAACCAGCCCCACUGUCCCAGCCUGACGUCACCCUCCUGGCCCCCAAGCUCCUGUCUGCCUCACCCAUGCCCACCGUGUCCAGUUACUCUCCUCUCACUGUCUCCCUGAAGAAAACACCGUCAGCCCCCGAAGCCACUGCCUCAUCCCUGCCCAACACCCCAGCCCUCAAAAAAGAGGCCCAGGACGUGCCUGUCCUGGACCCACAGGGCAUGGCAGAUGCUGCACAAGGGGUCUUGAGGCACGUGAAGAGUGAGCUGGGCCGUGGGGGUGGGUGGAAGGACCACUGGUGGAGUCCUGUGCAGCCCGAAAGGAGAAACCCCACCUCCUCUGAAGAGACAAAGGGUGAAGAGGCCACAGGUGGAAAAGAAAAGGGCAGUGGUGCCAGCCAGCCUCGGGCCGAGCGCAGCCAGCUUCAGGGACCCUCGUCAGAGUACUGGAAAGAGUGGCCCAACGCUGAAUCUCCGUAUUCCCAGAGCUCAGAACUGAGCCUGACUGGAGCUAGCCGCAGCGAGACACCCCAGAACAGCCCUCUGCCUUCCUCCCCGAUCGUGUCCAUGACGAAGCCCACCAAGCCCUCCGUCCCUCCACUGACCCCCGAACAGUAUGAGAUCUACAUGUACCAAGAGGUGGACACCAUCGAGCUCACCCGACAGGUUAAAGAGAAGCUGGCUAAGAACGGUAUCUGCCAGAGGAUCUUCGGGGAGAAGGUGCUGGGCCUUUCCCAGGGUAGCGUCAGUGACAUGCUGUCGCGGCCGAAGCCAUGGAGCAAGCUAACCCAGAAAGGCCGAGAGCCCUUCAUCAGGAUGCAGCUCUGGCUAAAUGGCGAGCUGGGCCAGGGAGUGCUGCCUGUCCAAGGACAACCACAAGGGCCAGUCCUCCAUUCAGUGACGUCGCUGCAGGACCCUUUACAGCAGGGCUGUGUGAGCUCAGAAAGCACUCCAAAGACCUCUGCCAGCUGCAGCCCUGCCCCCGAGUCCCCAAUGAGUUCCAGCGAAUCUGUGAAGAGUUUGACUGAGCUGGUCCAGCAGCCCUGUCCCCCCAUCGAGACCAGUAAGGAUGGCAAGCCACCAGAACCCAGCGACCCGCCAACUUUGGACUCCCAACCCACAACCCCACUGCCUCUCUCUGGACACUCAGCCCUCAGCAUCCAAGAACUUGUAGCCAUGUCUCCAGAGCUGGACACCUAUGGCAUAACAAAGAGGGUCAAGGAGGUGCUGACAGACAACAACCUUGGUCAGCGCUUGUUUGGGGAGACCAUCCUAGGGCUCACCCAAGGCUCUGUGUCCGACCUCCUUGCCCGCCCAAAGCCCUGGCAUAAGCUCAGCCUGAAGGGACGGGAGCCUUUUGUCCGGAUGCAAGUGUGGCUCAAUGACCCCAACAAUGUGGAGAAGCUGAUGGACAUGAAGCGGAUGGAGAAGAAAGCCUAUAUGAAGCGGAGACACAGCUCAGUCAGUGAUAGCCAGCCCUGCGAGCCCCCACCUGUGGGCAUUGACUACAGCCAGGGAGCCAGCCCGCAGCCACAACACCAGCUAAAGAAACCCCGCGUGGUGCUGGCCCCCGAGGAGAAGGAAGCCCUGAAACGAGCCUAUCAGCAGAAGCCAUACCCAUCCCCCAAAACCAUCGAGGAGCUCGCCACCCAGCUCAACUUGAAGACCAGCACCGUCAUCAACUGGUUCCAUAACUACAGGUCUCGGAUCCGCAGGGAACUGUUCAUUGAGGAAAUUCAGGCCGGAAGCCAGGGCCAGGCUGGCGCCAGCGACUCGCCAUCAGCCCGGAGCGGCCGCCCUGCACCCAGCUCGGAGGGCGACAGCUGCGACGGAGUGGAGGCGGCUGAGGGCCCAGGCGCCACCGUCACCGCCACUGCCGACGCGGAGGAGCCGGGCGGCCCCACAGCCGCCACCAAGUCUCAGGGAGGGCCAGGCACAGCGGAGCGCGAAGAAAGGCCACCACCGCCAUCGGGGACCCCGGGGACGCCCGUCCCAGACGACGCCGCCGCUGCCGAGGACGCGGGCCGGGCCGGGCCGCCACCGCCCCCGCCCCUCGAGGGCCCCGCCGAGCUCCCGGCGCCCGUGCCAAACCCCGCCACUGCUGCCGCCGCCGCCACCGGGGAGGACGCCGCUACCUCAGCUGCCGCCACCAGGGGUCCUGCCUCGCCGGGCACGAGUGCGGGCACGGGCACGAGCACAGGCACGAGCGCGGGAGGGACCGCACCCGCGGCUGCGCGCAGGCCCCGCUCGCUGCAGAGCCUCUUCGGCCUGCCUGAGGCGGCGAGCACCCGGGACCCGCACGACAACCCCGUGCGCAAGAAGAAGGCGGCCAAUUUGAACAGCAUCAUCCACCGCCUGGAGAAGGCCGCCAGCCGCGAGGAGCCCAUCGAAUGGGAGUUCUGAGGGCACGGGCCGGGCCAGCACGAGCACCGGGUCGGGUGUGGUCGGGUCGGGCUGGGUCGGCCCCGUGGGCCGAGGCCGGAGCCCCUGCGUUGCGCACUUAGCCCUGCAGGCCACAGGGCAAAAUCGCCAUAGGCCAAGGUGCAUAUAGAAAACAAAGGAGCAUUAAGCCCAAUCUAUGUCGUGUUUUCAAGGAAGAAAACGGAAAAUGUGUAGUCCAGCUUUUUUGUACCCUGAAGUGUUUUUUUUUUUAUUGCCCUAAGUGAUUUCCACAGGUUCUGGAAUAACUCUUACAGCUUUUGCCUUGUGCCCUCCUCUUUCGUGUGGGCUUUAAAAAAAAAUCAAACCCACAUAUUAAAAGGGGGCUUUUUAUCUGCCAUCUAAUGGCUUCAGAGCGAUAAUACACUAUUAUCUUCUUAAACCAGGAAAAAGGGGGGAGGGGGGAUUUUUCAGAAAAAAACUAAAAAAGAAAGUUUUUGUAGCUGUUCAGUUGCCACUAAGAGAUUGCACAGUCAAACCGACUCUAAACACACUAGUUUGGAUUCCUAAAUAUUUUCAAGAAAAGAAUCUUCUCGUUUGAAACUUUGAAUUAAAGUAAAAACUCAUUUACUCCACAUAUUUUUUAACAAAAAAAAAAAAGUCACAUCAGGAAACUUAUCUGAUUUUUGUGGUAGCUGAUGUAGUGUUUUCUUGUACGUGAAUAGAAUCCUGACAUGUAGUGCACAUUGAUCCAUAGCUUUAACUGACCCGGGGCUUUUGCUGCCCAGGGUUUGUUUAAUACACUCCAUUCUAGGCCAAAUCAGGACAAAAAGAAAAGAUCCGAAUCUAGGUAUUUUAUAAUCUGCUUUUUAACCUCUAACCGCAGAGCACGCUGAUCAGACCUCAUAUCUCGGAGGUUUAGGAGACAAGUUAGAACUGUAGCAUGUACCCGUUCAUUUUGUUUAGUUUAUGGUGUCUCCGUCUGUGUUCGUGCGUCCCCACAUGUGCGAGCAUUGGAAGACAGGAAAGAGUAGGCCGGCAAGGUCGCAGCAGGCAGUCCUGGGGCACAGCGGCCCCCGUCUCAUCUUUCCUUGGCACAGAAGGCACCUCACCUCACACCACUCUUCCUGGGCGUCUGAUGGACUGAGCCCCCUGGGGGAAGAUGCUCCCUGGGCCUGGGCAGGCAGGGCUGUGCGCACAUGCACUCCCUCUUCCCCCUUCCCACCACAAGCACUGAUGACCCUGUUGAACUUGUGGGAAGCUUCCCUCCCUGCAGAAGAGAGGACAUGGCAGUCUGGGCCCCUCUCCCACCCCUGUAGAGAUGGCCCAAACUCACCAAAACGUUGACCGCUCUUCACUUCCAGACCAGACCAUUGGCCCUUCAUUUCACCUCUUGGGAAGUUAUUUUAUGCACAGUUUAGGGCAGUCCAAGUACAAAUCAGAAGUCUAA